AUGUCUACUGCACUUCAACAUAUUAACGGUUGUGGAAUUAACACCACCAACAGUACAUAUAAUAAUCGUAAAACACAAUCACUAACAUCUAGAUUUGUGAUUAAUGAUAAUAGUCAAUUGCCUACUAUCAUAUCUCAACAAAAUUUGGUACAACAGGGAUUGGGACAGACAACUCCACUAAAAACAACUACUGCAACUUCAAGUGCAACUGCAACUGCAUCAAGCGCCAAAGCUCAAACAACAGUAAAAUCUCCAACUUGGCGAGAAAUUAAACAAAUGCCUGGAAUGAUAUUCUCAUUUCCCGUCAUUUUUCCACGAUCUACAUUUGCUACUAUUGGUGAUGAUUCCAUCAAGGAUGACAAAAGUGCUUCUUCUACUAGUGGCACUUCUACUCCUUCUGCCGAUAAUAAUACGACUACUGAUGUUAUCCAAUCAACUUCAAUAUCUACUGAUGCUACAGCUACUACAAAUGCUCAAUUAACAACUGUUACAGCCGCCACAAGCGCUCGAUCCAGAAAAGGCCGUAGACCUUCUACUUCCAAAUCUACUACUUCUACAUCAUCAGCUACAACAAAACCAUCUAUUGCAAACCCAGUAAUCAACCUUGAUUACAAUCCAUACUACGUUGAAGGACCAUCAGCCACUAUCAUACACCGACCAUUAUUGUUACCUGAUAUUGUCAGAUCUUAUGCUCAGGAAAAACGUAAUCAAAUGAGAUCAAGGCCUAUUACAAGAGCAAAGAACAAACAAGAAAAUCACAUACUUGACAUGUUGGAAAGCAUUAUUAAUCCUGCUAGUAAUAAUUUAAAUAAUAAUAGUGGCAGUAGUAAUGGUAAUGAUUCUUCUAACAAUUCCAAUUCAAACCGUCGCAGUCAUCGGGAACGUGACAUUUUAUCGUCAACUCGUCGAGAUAGAAGAUCGCCUAGAGUUGUAUCGUCAAACCCUAACAGUCAUCGUUCUCGUACCAACUACAACAACUCCUCUAACAAUAAUAAUUCGGCUAUAGCCAAUCAUAAUAUUAUCAAUGGCAGAAGAUCUCAGAGUCGUCCAACAGGGGAUCGAAAGUAUGUGCUAGCUGCAAGACGAGAAACACACCUUGUUGGAGACCUGGCUGGUCUUCUGACUUAUUUUUGUAGGGUAGCUGUAGCUGGUUCUGGGGCUAAUAAUACACCUGGAUCAUCGAAUAAUGAUUCAGAUGAUAUUAGAAGAUGUUGUAAAUGCCAGACGGCAAAACGUCCUGUCGGGAAACCACUCUGUCGGGAAAACGAUUGGAAAACAUCCUGCCGGGAAAACAUUUGUCGGGAAAUGAUUGUUGAGGAAAUGGGCGCAACCCUUUACAACCAAUGGUAUCAUAAAUAUAUUAAAUAUUUAAUUCGUCGUCUUGAUACUGGAACAGAUAACCAAAAGUUGUUUCUUCCAAAUAGUGAUGACAUCAUUAUAGUGUAUGUAAAUAUCCAAGAUCCAGAAUAUUAUGAUAGUGCUAAUUCCAUAAAUGCAUUGCUAGAUGCUAAUGAUGUGAAUGAAUAUUUUGAUAAUUUUGAUCAAAAUGUAUCAACUGAAGAGGCCUUAAUGGAGGAGGAAGAAAAAAUAAUUACACCUACAGCAUUAGAAAAUCUUAAUAAACCAAAAAGGUUUUUUGGUAAUGAUCUUUAUGGUUUAAUAGGUUAUGUUGAUAUUAAUGGAAAUCUUUAUAAAUUGGAUGAUCAUAAAAAAAAACGCUUUGAUGUUGAUGAUGGUAAUAUUAAUAAUAAAUAUAAUAUUAAUAUCAUUGAUAUUGAUCAAUUUUGGAAUGGUGAUGAAAAUGAUAAUUUACAAGAAAUAUUAUUACCAUUCUCACCAUCGCCACCUUUAAAUAUUAUAUUCAAGAAAAUUUCUUGUGGUGAAAAUCAUUGUUUAGCAUUAACAAAGCAAGGUGAAGUUUAUAGUUGGGGUGAUGGAAGAUAUGGUCAAUUAGGGCAUGGUGAUUUUAGAUCUUUGAAUAAACCAAAAGUCAUUGAAUUUUUUCAAGGAUUAAAAGUUACUCAAAUUGCAUGUGGAGGUUUACAUUCUGCUGUGAUUACAGAUUCCGGUGACUUGUAUACCUUUGGAUGGAAUAAUCUUGGUAGAUUGGGUGUAAAGUCAAAUACUACUAAUACAUCUAUUCCAUGUUUGAUCGAAUUUAAUAACGAUGAUGCUGAUUAUGACGAGGAAGAGGAAGAGAUUAAUGUAUUGAAGGUUGCAUGCGGAAGUGCUCAUACUGUUGUCAUCACAGAUGAUAACAAAUUAUGGACUUGUGGUUGGGGUAUUUAA